AUGAGCGGCGACGAGUGCGAGUGCGAGCCCAGCACCAGUGUUGCCACUAUCCGAGGGCUCAAUCCUCUUAAUAUUUCCCUUCCGAUUGCUGAUUCCCCCUCCUCGCCGCAUAGCGUGCUGCCGUCUCCGAGCAGCCCCUCCGGCGACUCAAUCUCCUCGUUUCCCUCUGUUUCCUCCUCUUUUAUGUUUUCCUCUGGCCCAGCCAGCCCACCUCGUGCGCCUGCUGACUCGGAUCCGGAGGACAGCCAGGGUCUGAUCAUCCCGUCGCUAACCCUCCCCUCUGCCGGCCGCCACCCGACGCCAUACGGCCAGACCCUCGGCGAUCUCCGACUGCUGUUUCUCGCCCCUCGCUUCGCUGGGAUAACUGCCCGUGCUCUGACUUCCGCACUCCUCGACGACAACGACGAUGUUGUGGAGAUCGACGGGUGGGAGCAGGGUGUGGACGCUGCUGCGGACGGCGUGCUGCGGGCGUCGACGCACUGGCUGGAGCAGCAUGAUGCGCACGGACUCGAGCACUUCGAACCCGCGCGGAACGUCGAGCUCGUCGAGCUGACCCCUUACGAUCUCGGCGACGAUGCAGAGACGAUUGUCGCGCGCGUCUUAGCGAAAGUGCAUGCCCCGUUCCAACAAGUGCACGGCGCGCUCAAUCCUGAUUCCGCGCCCAGCGCUGUGCUUGCGGGUCUCCUUGCCUCUCCAUGCACGCCGCUGUACACUGCUCUCGUUCUCCUUCUGACGACAACACCCUCUACAACGGAAAAGGCGCUCCUGGUUGCCUUGAGCCCCCAUAUCCCCCUUAUUGUGUUCCCCCCACUUAUAUCGCAGCCAUCACGGCCAUCGUAUCCGUCCUCUGCGUACCCCUAUUUUCAGGCAUACCUCGACCCACCCCCGGCAACCCUCCCGGGGACGGUUACGCUCUCGGCGUUCCGUCCCAGUUCAACGAGCGCUCUCCGUGCGGGCCUGUUCCGUACCCCCGAAACGCUCUCGGUGGUGCGCGCCGAGGCUGCCGCGCGUUUCCUGCGCUGGCGCGAGGUCGAGCGCGCGGUGGAUGCAGUUCCUCCCUCUCCGUCCGUGCGGGAGCCGCCGAGUCAUGGCAGCCUGCGCUGGGACAAGGCGGAGUGGGAAGCACAGUGGGAACACACGCUCUCCCAGGACGUGGCCGUCCGGCGGCGAUCGCGUGCAGGCACAGCACGGAAUCAUGACCAUGCCUCCGUACAAGGAGCGCACGCGCCUGCGCGCCCGGGGCCGCAGAGCGCGGACGAUCGCUGCAUGAAUGCACUGGACCCGCUGCACAUUCCGUCGCUCGUCGUCUUCUCGCUCUCAUUGCUCAGCCCUCUGCGCACGCGCGUCGUCGGUGCGGUGAAGUCCGGGCUAGGGUGGAGAUCCGCACCUACCGAGGAGGCGAGCGUUUCUAACGGUACGGAACGCAUGAGUUUCGGGUUCGGUUCGGGACUUGGGCUGGCCCUUGUCGGAGCGUUUUGUGCGGGCAUAGGUAUCGGGCUGUUGGUCGCGCGGGGAUGA